GAGGAAGCUGUCGAGAAAUUGGCCAAGGCGAAGGAUGGCGAGGUCAGUGAAGAGGAAGCGGCGCAGAUCGAGCACCCAGAUGAGGAGCACUCAUCAGAUAGUGAUGCCGGCAUCGGAGUGAAGCGGGUUGCUGAACCAGAGCCGAAGAGGCGUCGACGGGCCAAAGGCUCUGAGAAGCCUGAGAAGCCUGAGAAGCCUGGAGUUCCUCAGGAAGCGCAGCCCAAAUCAGCAGCGUCAGGUGCAAAGCGCAAGGCGUCUCAGAAGGCGGAUGAAUUGUCAAAUGGCUUGAAGGGAGCCGAGGCCUGCAUUUCUGCUUUGGAUACUUUCCAUCCUAUGAAUUUCUGGCAAGGGAGUCUCAAGCGCAAGGACAUUGACAAGCGCUUGGCAUUGGCGUACCAAACGCAAAGUUCUUUGGAAGAAUUUGUGGAGACGAACGCUGAUGCCCAAAAGCUUUGUGAGUCAUUGAUGGUCAAAUCCCAGCAAGUCACAGAUUGGCUUGAUGCCCUCAUCCCUUUGUGGAAUCAAGACAUGAGGCUGACGCGUGCCAGGAACAUGGACAAGGAGGACAUGACCAAGCUGAUCAAA